UUUAACUGUACUUAGAAAACGUUUGGUGAAAUUUACCAAAGCUACAAGAGACAAUGCCGGUGAGUUUUUACCGUACAUCACAUCGAACAACCUGGCCGGCCUUUUCGUUUCGAGCUUUUUAGCUUUAUAUCGAUCGUUAAGCAUGUUUGCAUUUUAACUCACUUGACAGGUGGACACUGACUCGGACAAUGUUCGUGUCGUUGUACGAUGUCGGCCCAUGAAUGAAAAAGAAGUGGCUAGUUCCUGUAAUUUGGCUGUUAAUGUCGACGAAAGUCGAGGAAUAAUUACCGUGAAAAAUCCGAGUGCUCGCACCGGGGAACCGCCAAAACAGUUCACUUACGACAGAGUGUUUGGUGUUGAUGCAAAGCAAGUAGAUAUAUACAACGAUGCAGCCAGACCAAUUGUCAAUUGUGUGCUAGAGGGUUACAAUGGUAAGACUACUUUAGCUAGUGGAAUGUGUGCUAGUGGUAUGAGAACCAAUAUUGCCUUUUCCACUGGGUAGAGACUUAUCCCGUGGAUAGUGCUAUCCAGCGUUGGAGUAGCCUGCAUAGCAAGUGUUUCAGUGCAGUUUUGGAGCAAAGAAGGGGCGAGAAAGAGCAAGGUGGGGGUGGGGAAGAAAGGAAGGAAAUGCUUGUAGACAAAACCUAGGAUUUUGAAAACUGCCCACUAAUGGCCUGUCAUGCCUGAGUGCACACACUGACAUUUGAUGCUGUCAUCAGCUGUCAUACACUGUAUAUUGACCAGUAAAAUGUUUGGCAUUCCAUAGAGGGAAAGUAAACUUUUUUGGUACUUGUGGAACCAAAACAAAGUUUCUCAACUUGUCAAAUUAUUUCAGAAGCAAUGCGCGGGUGGCAGGAAUGGAGAAAUCUCAAUGAAUCCAAAUUAUCAAUGUAGGCUUUGUAAUUGCAGCUUCAAAGUGAAUUUUGUUAUUAAAUAUAUGCCAAACAAGCUAUAUUACUACAGAAAAUCUUUUUAGUUCGUCAAAAAGGAAGGAAUUCAACAGUGAAGUUUUAGCUCAAAACAUCCAGAAAGUUGAAUUAUUUGAGGUGGUAAAAUAAGACAAGUAUUCAAGUCUAGAAUUUUGGAUCUGUGAGUUGGGUCCAAGGUCAAAGGUCAGCUAGACAGAACGGCUAUUGUUCUUGCCACGGCACAGGUAUUAAGGCUGUGAUUGACAUGUUUGGAAUACUGACCAAUCAGGAUUUGAACAUUCAUCUGGUGGUGUAGGCAUUCCCUUCCCUCCUUCCUCACAUGCCCUGCACGCUUCUCACAUGCCCCAGUUUCCCUUUCCCUUCCCUUUCAAAUGCCUACCACACAGGCUAGGUUAAUACAUGUGAUGGAAGUUCAGCACCAAAUCCAUGUAUAUAAUUAUGCAAGCUGUAGACAAGUACGGUGUAUUCCUCAUAAUGUGAUUCUAGCCAGCUAGUGAGUAAAACAUACAUUGUGAAUAAACCCUUUCCAAAUCCCCUCCUAGAGGUAUAUCUUGGUGGUUUAGGCUAUGAAGUCUCACAGAGAGUUGUUGUAAGGGGAUGCAUAAUGGUGUGAGCAGGGCAGAAAAAUCCCAUCUGGUAGUCCAGACAAGAAGAUUUUCUUGCUGGACAAGCGGCUCUUGGCAAGCAACAUACAUAAAUAAAUAAAUAAUGCCUUUAUUUAACGAGGGAGACACUAAAUAGCCCAGGGCUAAUAAACUUGUGGCCCUCAAAACAUGUUAGAGCUGCUUGCCUGAGGGAUAAGCUGGAAUUCAAGUUUUUCCCAGCUCUGGUGAGAGUUGUUGUUUUUACUCUCGAUUUUGCCAGGAACAAUUUUUGCAUAUGGACAAACAGGAACAGGCAAAACAUUUACCAUGGAAGGAGUGCGGACAGUUCCAGAACUGCGAGGAAUUAUCCCAAACUCUUUUGCACACAUAUUUGGGCACAUUGCAAAGAUGGAUGGCGACAUAAGGUACCUAGUAUUCUGCAUUUAUCAUCAUGGUCAUCAUUCAUUUUCAUUUGUCAAUUUACUGUAGUUAGAGUGAUUACUGAAAAUAAUAAUUGUUGCGUGCAAUUAAUUUUUAGCAUCAUCUAAUUAUUAGAUGAUGCUAACAUUGCACACAACAGCACCUUUAAGCCUUUCCCUGUAUUCCUAUAAACAAAGGAACCAAAGCAAGGUUUGGGGUGACAUUUUAAUAAAGUGAUUUGUUUGAAAUUGUUACCUUGAGCCUUGACCUUUGUUUUCUCACUGGAGUAGAAAAUGAGGCUGGAAAUGUCUAUGUUAUGGCUUGGAACAAUGAUGCUGUCGAUGAAAGAUAACCUUUUUCAUACUUUGUGGUGUUUCCCCCUGAUGUGUUACCACCAACCCUAACAUGCGUGGCAUGGCUAUGUUGACAGCACUUGCACAGCUCUAGGUCAGUUGUCAGAACCUCACUUUACAAACAGAGGUUUCUUUCUGGUAUGGCUUUUAGCAUUUAUGAAGUCAUUUGCAUUGCACCUCUGUGGCAUACAGUGUACAUGUAGUUGGUUUCUCUCAUCACAUAAUCAAACCAACUACGCAACUGACAAGUGAUGCAAACAACUUUGUAAAUGCUAAAAGCCAUGCCAGAAAGAAACCACUGCUCGCAGGGUAUAUGCAAAGUGAGAGGUCACAGAUCAAAUCCCAACUGAGGAAGAGCUUACUGCCUUUGUAUAUCUUGCAAAUGGCUAGAUCUUCGUGUCAUAUUACUUGUAUAUAAUCAUAUUAAACCACAUACCAAUGGUGGUCCAAGGAGUGUUGAACAAAAUGUUCAGCCUUUAUAUACAUCUGUGAAAUCUUUGGGCCAUUUACGUAAACAGAGCUCAGCCAGUGUUCAACAAAACCGCACUCUAAGCCAUCUUACUUUACCCAAUGCUCUAUGUAAACAGCAUUAAUUUUGUUGUGAACAUUUUCAUGAUAGCACAUGGCGUAGACUAGAAAAGCACAUAUCUUCUUAAAAUAACCCACUAAGUAAGAGAUCUGGGGGUUCAAAGAUUUGCUAAACCAUGGUCUAAGUUAGACUUCAUUUAAAUAACUGACCUUGAGUUUUUCAGUUAGUACAGAGUUUUGGAUUAUGGUUAGUAUCAUUUUCUACUCUAUCUCUUUGUGGUUUCUUACUUUUUUUUAACUGUUUACUGCUUUUGUUAAUUUUUGUUAGGUUUCUUGUCAGAGUGUCGUAUUUAGAGAUCUACAAUGAAGAUGUCCGUGACCUGCUUGGCAAGGAUCAGAAUGCUAAACUUGAGGUUUGUGAAGUCAAGAAAUACAUUGUAGCAGGCUGUGUUAUACUGUACCAGCUGGGUUUUAAAGUGCCAGUGGAAAAAAUAAGGAAAUUAAUUGCUGCUCUUAUUUCAGUUCCAUGGUUUCCCUUUAUUAAAAACUAUGUUGGAACUACUAUACGUUUUUUCGUUUUGUUGAUUGAAAAUUAUUUUUUAUCAUUUAUGUUUAGGUAAAGGAGAGACCAGACAUUGGUGUUUAUGUGAAAGAUUUGUCAUCAUAUGUUAUGAAUAAUGCUGAUGAUUUAGACAAGACAAUGACACUGGGAAACAAAAAUCGUGAGUUUACUGAUCUCUUUACUACUUGUAUUUGAUUUACGAAGACUCUGAGUUAAAAAAUGACAAAAAAUUAAUAGAUCAAGAAAAAAUUUGUAACUAUACUGGUGUGCAAAUUAAACCUCCAUUUGCACUGCUACUUGAAACUCAUAUAAAGUUCUGUUUGAUUAUAGGUUCUGUUGGAUCUACAAACAUGAAUGAGAGAUCGUCACGAUCUCAUGCUAUUUUUUCCAUCACAGUUGAGUGCAGUGAGAAGGGUCCUGAUGGCCAACAUCAUGUCAGAAUGGGUAAACUACAUCUGGUUGAUUUGGCUGUAAGUUAUUAUAAUGUCUCCUGUGCUACAUGUAUCUGAUGCUGGUUGGUAUCACUUUCAUCAAACGCAAGAUGACCAAAAUUGUCUCUAAAUUGUAUUUGUACUACAGGGGUUUCAAUAAAAAUUGAAGUAGCCAGCAGAUUUGAAUAGAGUAACCGACUGUAUCAACAGUCCACAUUUUCAAGUGGUGUCUUUGGGCGUGCUCCCUCAAAAAAUUGUAACAUUUCAAAGCCCUAGUAAGCAAUUUCCAUGUUUUAGGGGACUAAACUGAGUAUAAAAGAGGGAGUUUUCUAUUUAAGAAGAUUUGGGUUUUAGUCAAAGUUUGAUUUAUUAGCCGCACAAUUAAUUCCUGCAAGCAAUGAACAAAUGACAAUAAUUAUACUAUAAGUUACAUACAUUUCCGCACGAACAAAUUCUAUUUUUGCCCAUGACAUUAUUCAAACUAUUUGCUUCUUCUUCGGGGGAAAAAGUAGUCAACUUCUUUGAGCAAUGUAGCCGACGCAUUGCGUCGGUCGUCGGUGCUUAUUGAAACCCCUGUUACUAAGUUUGUGAGGGGUAUAUCCACUCAGAUAUCCAGGAAACUGUUUUUAAAAGUAUACAGGUCCACAGCGUUUGCAGUGACAGCACUCCCUCACUCAUGUAGCCCCUUUGGACCCCCCACCAAAUCCACAUAAGUUGUAAUCCUUUGGAACAGAGACAAAGCUGCCAGUACCAUUUGUCCAUUUGCUUGUAAACGAUAUUUUAUUCAUUAGCGUAAGAUAAUAAUCACAUCAGUGAAACACAUACAGAUUUUCAUGCCAUUUAUUGCAAGUACAUAAUUAUGUUUGUUGAGAGAGAAAUCUUACCUGUCAUCAUAAAUUUCAAACCAUGUGAGAAUGUCAUUAUUCCUCUUUCUGCUUUUCCAUUGGAACAUAUAAUUUUUUUUAUAUUUAUUAUUGCAAAAUCUUUGCAAAUUUUGGCCUUUUUAUCCUGCCCUCCUUUCCUUGUUUGAUUCCUGCUGACAGAGGUAGCUACACACGUAAAUGGCCAAAAGAUAAUAGUGCAGUUGGAAUUAUGCCUGCAGUUUUGUUUCUCUGUCAAUCUUGUUUGCAACAGGGAUCAGAAAGACAAGCCAAGACCGGAGCUACAGGUCAAAGGUUGAAGGAAGCAACCAAAAUCAACCUGUCUCUCUCCACCCUGGGGAAUGUUAUCUCUGCAUUGGUAGAUGGCAAAAGUACUCACAUACCAUACAGGAACUCUAAACUGACACGGUUACUGCAAGACUCGCUUGGCGGUAAUUCCAAGACUGUCAUGGUAUGUGUGGCUGAUUAUAUGGUUUUGCUGUUUGUUUAAUAUAUUUAUUUUGAAACAAUGCACUUGAACAUUGUUUCUUCAAUGGCUGGUGUUUGAUUUUCUUUGAAUGCCUAACUUAUUAGUAUUUUUUUCUACUGUGCUAAGUUUGAGGCACAGAGAUCAAAAGUGGGAUUGAAAAUUUGUUUUGUCACUUCUCUAGAUUGCCAACAUUGGCCCAGCUGACUACAAUUUCGAUGAAACAAUAAGUACCCUGAGGUGAGUUAAGUGAUGUGUAGAUUUGUCAGAAUCACGUCUUUAUGAAAACCUAAAUAAAAGAUUGCCUGUACACUGCAAACAAUAGUGAUGCUCAGCUGUAAGUUCCAUUUUUUGGUCAUGGUACAAGAGCCAUCAAUUAUUGAUAGUAUUAGUUAGUAAGUUAGUACAGAAAAGUCCCUACAAAAUGUCUGGGAAUAGCUUUGGGAACUAACUUAAAAGUUCCAGUAAUGAAGUUUAUCACCAUAGUUAUGAAGAAAUAUUAAAAUGUAAAUAGGAUCCUCUAGAUCUGUGGGAAGAAGAAAAAUAUAAAAGUUGCUCAAAAGUGGCAACACCCUGUUUCUCUUAAUUCUUGUUCGUUCCUCCUUUUUGCCAUUGAGAAAUUUCAGUCUUCACACUAAAACUGAAUGAUGUAGUUUUUGUAUCUAUUGUGUAGAUAUGCCAAUCGUGCAAAGAAUAUAAAGAACAAGGCAAAGAUCAAUGAAGAUCCAAAGGAUGCCCUGCUGAGAGAAUUCCAAAAAGAAAUUGAAAAACUCAGGGCUCAGCUGGCUGAAGGUGCAUUGAAUAAUACCUUGUUUCUGUCAUCCUCCUCAUACUAAUUGCAUUGACAAGGGGAAAAAGGAGGUCUUGUUUGCUUGAACUGUCACCUAUUAUAGGAUGAUUUAAAUAAGGGAGAUGGAGUAACUUUAUGACAAGGAGGGGUAGAAUGACGGUAAGAAAGUGGCCUUAACUAUUAAAAGUUACCAUGGAGGGUGUGGGGAACACUUUUAAAGAACUGAUAAGUAAAUGAGGAAGAACAUUCUCUUUCCCAGUUCAGUUUAAAUGAGCCAGCAGCCAGCAAUUUUGUCACUUCAAGUGGAAUAUUCUCUACCUACUCAACACUUACAGUUGUGACAUUACUAAUAAUAAAUAAAAACCACACAAAGAUAACCCUCCAAGUUAUUGUGACCAUUUUGGUUGCCAUGGCACCUAAAAUUUUGGAGCUGGUGACUUGAUUUGUAAAAAAGUCUCCCUAAACCAAAAGAGUUGGUUGUCAAAUGGCAACCAAGCAAAAACUUUAACUUGGAGGGUUGACUUUUUGGCUUUUGUUGCCUGCUGUGCUGGUCAUCCUGUCUACUAUUGUAAAACAUUUUGGUUGGGCAGCUUCCUUUACUCAAACAAGAAAUGUCUCAGACAAGUCUCACAUCGUGAAUAUGACCCAGCAGCUAUAAAGGCCCUGUAAACCAGGGUAAAAUUCUGAUAAGCGACAUGGCCUUGAAUUUCAGACUAGGGACAUACGCACCCAGCUAAGAGGGCCUUGUUAUUUAGAGGCUUCUUUUACAUUACAUUCUCUGGAAGUUAAUGUCUGGUGAUUCUGUUAUCAGAGGGUGAGGGAAGUGGUACUGGAGAAAGUGAAUCUGAGGAAGAGGUGGUAGAAGGAGGAGUCACAGUCAAAAGGAAGAAGAAGCACCGUAGAAAAAGUAAGUUGUAGUGAAACUGAAAUUGUAUUUGACAUUUCAAAAGUAGGUCAUUUGGACAAUGGUGGCUUUUUACUGAUGUCUAAUACCACAAUCUAUUUCAGGUUUUUCCCUUCAUUAUGAAAUUUGGUAUUGUCCCAGGUACAAUUAAAAAAAAGAAAGUAACACUCUGAAGGAUUCUACUAGUAGUAGUUGAAUGACGUCAUCAUGCAAAUGGCCCAUUGCUUUGCAAAAGAUGGCAAAUAUAUUGAUUUUAUAACUUACAUACAUGACUGUAUUGCUUCCAGAGUUAGAGGGGUUAUACAUUUACAGUCAGCUAGAGAAAUAAUGUUUAACUAUAUGUUUACAGUUCAAUGAACCUUGUCAUAUGGACUCAUGAAAUGAUAAUCAUUAUGCUUAAAGGAGUUGACAGAGAAUAGAACUAAACUGCACUCUCACUUAAACAGUGACUUCUCAUCAGAAUUUAUCCUUUAUGGAACCAGUUUUGUAGGGCGUUUCCUUACAAAACCAGGGCAUGUGAUAAAACAUAAAUUUCAGCUGAUUGUCCUUGCAUUUGAGACAAGGAUCAUUCCAAUUUUGCUGCUCCUGUAAAUGUAAGUUGGCUUUGAUAUGUAAAGAUGGCUGGCCUGGGUCUUUAACAAUCGGGCGCCUAAGUAAGCCUUAAAAGCUGCUUGCACAACAAGGAAGUCUACCUGCUGUCAGGGAUGACCAAACUGGACUUUUUCUAUUCCUGCUAAAGGUAUGAACUUUUUUCCUUCAGGCAUGCAUGCUCUCCCACCGGAGAAAGUAGCUGAGUUGAGAGCAAAGAUAGAAGCUGAACGAGAGCAGUUAAAACAGAAGACAGAUAUGGCAGAGGAAGAGAGAAACAAGGCUGCUGAUGAGUUGGAAAAAAGAGAACAAGACAUCAAGGAAUCUGAGUAGGAAUCAAUUCAUUAUAAUGUUGCCUUAUCAAGACAUAAAACAAAAACCAAGUGUUUAAUGCAGUUUUCAAUAAAUAUUGCUCAUAGUCAUUGUAGUAAAAUUGCAAUGGCCGUUUUUAUGCUAGAGACGUUAAAGUUGUCUUAAGACAACAUUAAUGUGUAUAAAAAAGGUUGAUAACUAAGACAGACGCAUAAGUUUUAACAUCUGACAACAUUAACGUCCCUUGUUAAGUGUGUCGGAACAACACACUUAACAGAUGACUUUAACAUCUCAAACAUUAAAUGCAUAUAGUAUAGAGAAGAGACGAUGUAAACUGGGACACAUUUAUGCCUAACUUGUUGAGAAAUGAUUGGAAAGAGUCAGAAUUGUGUAUUUUUUACAGAAAAAUUUACAAAUUUACUUGGAAACUAAAGGAAAAAAUCUUCUUUUGCUUAGUUUUACUAAGACUGCUGUGGUUCUUACUCUUAUUUAGAAAGGAACACCAAAAACUCCAAGAGAAACUCAAGGCUGUGGAAAGCAAGAUAAUUGUUGGAGGAGAAAACUUGGUUUGUAUCUUAUAGUUUUUGUAUGUUUGUUUGGUCUUUUUAUUGUUGUUUUGUGUGUGUGGUUUCAUCUCUGGCAACAAUUUUGAAUAUUUUAGUACUGAAGACUGGUAGAUGUUUUAAUUACUGUCAGUAGUAACUAAUGUUAGUUACUGUGUCUGUGGAAAGUCAAAAUUUAAUCUUUAACAGCCAGUGGAUGCAGCAUUUGAAACAUAAUUUGUAUUAAGUUUGAGUACAAGGGGUUUUGGCUACACGUUCUCUCCUUGUUAGAUCUCUGAAAUUGAAAGGUUAAUGAAAUCUCUGACAUCUCCCUGCAUUUUCUUCUCAUGUAUGUGUUUCUAACUAGUUGGUACUUUUAGACAAAACUUACUAAACAUUUCAAUUUUCCCACAACUGCUUGUUAAGAGCACAGGCCACCCUUCCAUUCGUACUUGGGAAGGUACUUUUGUAAGUUUAGCAGAGCCACAUGAUUACAGUAAGAGUCUGCAACUUUCAAUAUUUAAACUACAUACAUGUAUUCUUACUUUGUGACUGCAUUUUCUUGCCUGAAACAGUUGGAAAAAGCUGAAAAACAAGCACUAUUGUUAGAGCAAUCUGCUAAAGAACUCUCUGAGAGGCAAGAAAGGGAGAAACAACUGCAAAAGCUUAUUGAGGAGAAAGAGGUAUAAAGUGUGAAAAUUUAUCAUUAACAAUGAAUAUUACAACAUGUACAUCUAUUUGCGACUGCUGUUUUUAAGUGAUAGUAUGGGCUAGAAGUAUAUAUCUUUUAUAAACAAAUGCAGUUAAUCCUCUCAACUUGAUACGCCUCAGAAAGAGGUUGGAAUACUGACUGGUUUAAGAACCUCAAUAUAGCUGAAAAAGAUACAUUUGGAAAGGGUCUGUAAGUGGUUAUCAGUCUGUGGUGUUUUGAUUUGGAUACAAAAAAUCACAGGAGAAGUGAACUACAUAGUGUCAUUAUUAGUCAAAUACAUUGUGUAAUAGUGGACAUUAAUUACUGGUUUCUCUUUCUUGCAGCAAGAGAGGAUUGACAUAGAAGAGAAGUAUGCCAAUCUGCAGGAAGAAGCUGCAGGGAAAACUAAGAAGCUUAAAAAAGUCUGGAGCAUGCUCAUGAGUGCCAAGUCAGAGGUGAGUGAGUCAGGGAAAGUACAACUUGUUCAGCAGUGAACAAUUAUUUCUUUCAGAACUUGGGAAGGGGGAUGGGGGCGCUUUAGGAAAGUUUGGGUAAGGGUUUUUCACUGAGGCCUUCAAACCCUAUUGGAACAAAGUCUAUUCAUUUUGCUACCCUGUUUUCUGAUAACUUAAAAAUUAUUGUUUUCUAUUAAAUACAUGUAUCUUCAAAUUGUCUGAAAGCACGCCGAUAUUUUCUGUAGCCAUUUAAUUGCAUUGUUUUGAAAAUCACAUUAGAUGGCAGACCAACAGCAAGAGCACCAGCGUGAGACAGAAGGGCUGUUAGAUAGCAUCAGAGAGCUGCGUAAAGAACUGCAAUUGCAAACUUUGCUGAUUGAGAGCUUCAUUCCUCCUGAAUUUCAGGUAAUAUAAUCCAUUUUGUUUGUUUCCAUAAUAAUUUGAUGUUAUCUUCAUAUUCUCUAGAUUAACAAUCAUCAAUUUUAAAAAAUAUUGCAGUUAAACCUCCAAGUCUUUUAGAUAGUGAUAGUAUGCAGAUUGUAAUGUGAUUUGGGGGUGUGGGUUGUAAAAUAAUUACCUAUUGAAAUCUAGUUUUAGAUUGGUUGUGUUUAAUAUUAUUAUAUACUAUAAAUUGGUUAUCAGAUCUCUUGAUAUGAAAAAAAAAGUGAGCCUAGGACUGGUUGAUAAAGACUUAAUUCAUGAUCAGUGAGCUCCAAAAUUUGCUGCUCAGGUCAGUUUCUUGGAUGUGCUGGGUUUGUUAAUUGGUUCUAUGAGCCCUUAAUUGGCUCCCCCCUGGUUAGCCUGCAGAACGGGUGCUUUUUGUGUGUCUCUUUUGGGCAAAUGGAUCACGUUUGCCUUGGCUCUCCUAAAAAACAUGAAAAAUAAUGCAUGUUCUGCUGGCUACCUCGUCCUGGUUUCUUUUUGUGGGGGAGGGCGGAGGUUCCUCAGGACUAGUAAAUGCUUGAAAUUAAUCAAUUUUUUUAAAUUUCAAUUUUGAUGACAGGAUUUAAUAGAACAGCAUGUGUCUUGGAAUGAAGAGAUAGGAGAGUGGCAGCUGGUGAGUGUCAUUUCCAUCUUUUGUAAAUAAGAAGAAAGUUAACAUAUAGAAUGCAAAGGAUGGUAAUGUUAAGACUUCUUUAUGAUGACAAUUGCAAUUCUUCUUACAACCCCUUGUGUUGCACAAUAAUUGCUUCCUCUAAUAAAAUUGAAGACCUUAGUAUAAAAAAUGAAAAUGACAACUCUCUAGAAAUGAGUAAACUGGACUACAAAUUAAACUAUCCCAAAUAUAAGUGGAAAUUGAUUAUAGUUAUUUAUCAGUAUUAAACAACUAUUUAUUAAUUGGUUUGCAACACAAACAUUACAAAGUUUGCUUCAAUGGUAAGGACUGUAACAUUUUUAUCAACAUUGUUGGGCACCUCAAUCAAUACGGUAGAUGAAAAGAACCUGUAAGACGGUGGGUAAGUUUAGUUUUGACUUUUUCUGGACAUCCAACUUUCAAUAAUAGUGAUCUAAGUUGCUAAAAAUUAUUAUUACUGUAUUGUCUUGUAGAGAUUUGUGGCAUAUACAGGUAAUAACAUGAGAAAGCCAUCUCCAAGCCCUGAUCCAAAGGACAAGAACAAAGAGGUAUGUCUGAUCUGCACUGUGGAAAAAAAAUAUUGACAAUUAUUGAAUGAGGCCGAGUAUGAUGUGAAGAAUAAUGCAGAUCAAGGAGAAUGUUAUGACAGCUUCCGAGAUCUGCAUAAUUCUUCACAUCGUACUAAAGCCAAAUUGAAUUAUGUUAAAGUUCUUAACAAGCUUAACGCCUCUUAGACUUUCUCUUCAAAACUUUGGUCUUUUUCUCAGCACGGUUUUAGGAUAUAAACAGAUGUUUUUUUUGUGCAGAUACUGGAACUCCUCAUUAGUAGAUAACAUCCAUCAUUGAUCAAGCAUUAUGUUUUGUGUAUUUACUUGCAUUUCUUCCUUUCACUGCAAUGACGAAAUAUUUUGAAAGAAUAAUGGUAUUAAAUGAUGCAUGUAUCAUGUAUGCAUGAACUUAUUUGCUAAAUCUAAGUGGUCAACUAUUGAACAAAAAAUUAUAUGUCUUUGUUAAUCUGUUUACAGUUCAGUGAGGCAGACAUAUCCGGUGUUUAUUUAAGCUAUGAACAAAUUAACUACUCCAUGGGGUAUGAUGAGCCAACUCCUACGAGGCCAAAGAGCAGUCGUCCAAAGUCAUCAAGACCUAAGACAGCUGGGAGACCCAAGACGGGAAAGAAGUAAGUCAUAGUUUAUUUUUAUGUACAGAAAUGCAGUUAGAUAGGGAUAGGCUAGCUUACACUGUUUUCAUUGUUUGUAAUCAAAGAUUAUACAGUCCAACCUCCACAAACUGCCACCUCUUUACAACGGCCUCUUUUUUGUCCCGGCAGACAGUCCAUACAUAGACUCUGACUUGUUUAACCCUCCCUACAAUGGUUGUGUUCCAUUUAUACUGCUGAAUUAAGCGUAAAAUUGUCUAUGAUACUUGAAGCCAAUGUUGCAAACCGUGCUUGUUUUGUUACAUUAACAUUUUGUCAAGUUUUUUUUGUGUAUUUUGUCUGUUAUAUUUCUCUAUACACGCGUAUUAUAUGUGAUUGGAUUACUAUUAUAUGACGUGCAGCAAGCAUGAACUCAGCACAAUAAACAUGCUGUACUCCCUAAAAAAAUCGUCAUAUUACAGCCCAACCUCCCCAUAACAGCAACCUCUCCACAACAGGCUCUUUCUUUCUGUCCCCAAGAUGGCCAUUGUGAAGAGAUUCAGCCGUAUAUAUAUAACAAUUUUUUUUCUGUUGAAAUUAUACACUAGGUGUUAUUAAUAUAGCUAAAGACAAACACUGUUUGUGGCCACAUCUCAUUCAACUAUUGUUGCACUUAUGCUGCAGAAAAAAGACGGAAGUUGAAGAUGCAAGCAACAAAAGUAAAGAAGAUGCGGAACAGUAUCCACAGUCUAGAAGACUGUUAAGCCCAAAGAAACAUUUUGCUUAAUAACGGUCAUUUAGCCAAGUUAAAUGUUUCAAGCAUACACGUCUUAUGAAGAAACAUAAUGGUGUAAGGCUUGUCUAGAUAGUAUAAGUAUUAUUACUAUUAUUAUUUACUAAUAUAAGGUUGAUGUGUUGUAGAGUCACAUGCCGCUUUUAUAGUCCUAUAGGCUCAUGUUAGUGUACAUUAAAAUACGAAACAGCUUACAUUGUGUUUUUCUCCAAUUUCAUUUUUUACACACAUGCAAGAAUGUUGCAUUUUGCUUCAAUAGUCACAGAGUCCAAAGAAUAACUGUCAAAGUUGAAACAAUUCUCCCAAACAUUGUAUUGUUUAUGUUUGGUAUUUUAUUUAUUUGAAAGAUGAUGAAUUUGUACAUAGUAAUAAAAAAUUAAUAGAACAAAGUUUUGUUCAACCUUGAGUACAUUAUCCACAUGGAGAGAUGUUGUAAAGAAUAAAGUGAGCCAC